AUGGAUCCUUCUGGUGUUGUUCGUCGAGUUGUUAAUAAACCACGAGAUGUUAUUCCUCGAAAUCCACCAAUUAAUCCUGAUACAUUAUUAGAUGUACCAGAAUUUAAUUUUAUAUAUAAUGAUUCUGAUUCAAUACAUGCUGAAAUAACUGAGUUAUAUACUUAUUCAGAAGAACCAGAAUUUGUUUGGAAUGCUGAAGCAUUUAAUAUCUUUUUUCAAGCUAAAUAUGGUGAAAAUAAAAAAUGGAAAGAUUAUUCAAAAGAUGAUAAAAUUGAUUUUAUUGUUUAUUUAUUGGAACAAUGUGAACUUGUUGAUAGAACUCGAAGAUGUCAAGCAAUGAGAGCUAUUCUAUAUCUUGUACAAGGUGUAUUUUAUCAAUGUUCUGAUGUUGAUGAAUAUAUGUUAAAUGCUAAAGAAAAUGUUUUAUUAUUAUAUACAUGUGAUGGUGUUCAUAUAUUUAUGGAUUUAUUUAAUAUGGAAUUGAAUCAUCUAUGUAAUGAGAAUAAUAUAAAAACAACAAAUAAAAAUUUAAGUGAUAAUCAAGAAAUGAGAGUUAUUAUUAGUAUACUUUAUACAAUGAUUGAAUUUGCACGACAAAUGAAUGAAAAUAUAGAUGAACAAUGGAAAAAUUUUCAAGAAUUAUUAAAAUAUGAAUUAUCACAUCCAAAUGAUAAUAAUGAAUUAUUUGCUAGUACAUUAUAUCAUGCAAUAUGUGUUUUUUGUAAUGCACCUUCACCACCAUUACCUAUUCGAAAACUUCUUUUACUUCUUUGGAAAGUUCUAUUGUAUACUCUCGGUGGUAUUGAUGAUGCAUUCGAACAAAAAAAUAUAGCUCGACGUGAAUAUGAUCUUGAACCUAUUGCUGAAAAUCCAGCUAAAGUUAUUGCAAGAAUGCCACCAAUUUCACCACCAUUAGCAGGUGCUGAAUGUUUAGAAAUACAAGGUCAAACUGAUGGUGGAAGUAGUGCUCGACGAGCUAAACGACAAAGUUUUACAAAACAAUCAGCUUUAGAUUCAGAUAUUGUUAGUGAUGAUGGUUCAACAAGUGGAAAUAAUACAUCAACUGAUGAUGAUACAACAACAAUUAUACCAUCAACUUCAUCACUUAGUUCAUCAGAAUCAAUGACAUCAUUAGCUAGUGAUGUAUCAAGUAUUGAUCCAGCAUCAACUUUACUUAUGAAAGAAUUACCUUGGGUACCAAAAGUUAGACAAAAAGAUUUAGAAGCAUUUCUUGAACAUACUCGAAAGAAAUUUGUUGGUUUUACAAUAAAAGAUGAUCUAACAACAUUAAUUGGUUUACCAAAACCUAUUCAUGAAAGCAUUAAAAUUCUUAAACAACAUUUAUAUAUACCAUUAUCCGAAAUUCAGAUUAAAAUUGAAGAUGAAGUUGUCAAAUAUCCACUUUCAAAGAAAGAAACUGAUAUACCUGAUACUGCUGCUGAACGAUUAUAUCGAGCAACUCUCUCACAAAUUCCACAAUUUCUUAUUGCUUUACUUAAAUUACUUUUAACAUCAACACCAACUGCUAAACCAAAAACAGAAACAAUUAAUAUACUUUGUGAUGUUAUUCCAGAAGAAAUGCCAUGUUCAAUGGUACAAACAAUGAAACUUGGAUUUGAUAUUAAUCGACAUAAAGAAAUGAUUGUUAAAUCUGUUUCAGCUAUUUUAUUACUUCUUUUAAAACAUCUUAAAGUUAAUCAUAUUUAUCAAUUUGAAUAUAUCUGUCAAAAUCUUGUCUUUUCAAAUUGUAUAACAGUUAUAUUAAAAUUUUUCAAUCAUAAUAUUCUUUCUCAUAUUCAAGCAAAAAAUACAAUUCCACCUCUCGAUUUUCCGGCAUGUGUUAUUGGUCCUCAACCAGAAUUAACAGCUGAUUUAUUUGAUCUACCAGAAACUGAUAAUUAUUGUUGGCGUAAUAUGUUUUCAUCAAUAAAUCUUCUGAGAAUUUUAAAUAAACUAACAAAAGGAAAACAUGCAAGAACAAUGGUUCUUGUUGCUGUUAAAUCAGCUCCAAUAUUACGUAAAACAUUACGUGUUAAACAAGCUAUGAUGCAAUUAUAUGCAUUAAAAUUAUUAAAAUUACAAACACGUUAUCUUGGUCGACAAUGGAGAAAAUCUAAUAUGAUGGCUAUAUCAGCUAUUUAUCAACGUGUUCGACAUCGUCUUAAUGAUGAUUGGGCAUAUGGAAAUGAACAAGAAACUCAAACAUGGGAUUUUCAAACAGAAGAACGAGCAUUAAGAAAUAAAAUUGAUAUAUUUAAUCAACGUCGUUAUCAUCGUUUAUCAAUAUCUCAAUUAAAUAAUAAUAAUAUAGUUAAUGCUAGUACACAAAAUGCUUCAACAAAUGAAUUUGAUUUUGAUAGUUUUAUUCCAUUAAAUAAUGAUUUAUUAACUGCACUUUCAUCAAAUACUAGUUUAGGUGAUCAUGAUCUACCUGAAUCAUUUAAACGACAUUAUGAACAAUGGCUUAAUGAUGAAGUAUUUAAUGUUGAACAACAAACAGAUUGGGAUGCUUUAUUACAACCAAAAUCAAUUGUCAUUUAUUGA